UAUAAAGUGUUUCCAUAAACUGCUUUGGAAAUGUAUCAGCUGGAUGACCAGCCCCCUGGAUUUUUUAGCAGCCUGCGUUUCGGUCACUGUUACAUUUAAACCACCCCCUUCGUCAGUCAGCCGCGGUGAACGAGCACGGAUCGGGUACGCGCGUAAAGCGGGCAGACACCGGGGGAGGGAGGGGGGCAGCGAUGCCCUGCGUUUCGAAGGGAUCGCGUUACCGGCGAUGACCGAGGAGCACAUCCACCGGAUCUCCGCAGCCCCACAAGCUCGUAGCCCGUGUGGGAUCGCGAUCCGUGCCCUUCGCAAGCGGAGACGGGACCGGGGACCGGGGACCGGGCGGCGGCUCCGCGAUUACGCGGACCGACAGACGUGCAUCCUCCCGGACACAGAGUCAGACGGUGCUGCCGAUCUGAUCUGAAUCUCUCCCUGCAAAACCGCUGCAUCCUCCCGAUACCGCCUUCAGCUGGAUGUGGGUCGGAUUUCAGCCACUCUGCUGGGAUCCUUCCUGUUUGUUUCCUUUUUUUGUUUCUGUUUUUAUGGUUUUGUAUUUUUAUUUCUCCCUUUUCCAACCAGUGUUUUGUAAUGCUUUGGUACGUCACCGCAAGUGAGUGGAAAUAAACUUUAUUCACUUGGUGCGACGGGGCUGGCCGUGUCCUUCUGCGGAAACGCCGCGAAACGCAAUUAAAUCCCACGAUGACGGGGGCGCCGAGCCCGGGGAAGAGAGCGCUCACUUCGAUGCUCAUCGGGGCGCUUCUCGGCGAUCUGAAAGCGGCGUCCGCGAUGCCAGCUCCGCUCGCCUCCGCGCUGUAAUAACACAGAAGAUACCACUGGAAAGCACACGGCGCAUUUUUGGAUGGUCGGCUGUGGGACGGACGCGGACACCACCGGGGAUGUUAUUCGCUCUGGGGAGUGCAUGCAUGUGUGCUGCAGGCGUUUCCGUUUGACCAUUGAACCGCCGUCUGCCGGGUCGCCGAUGCCAUCGUGGGCUGUGACGCUGCGAAGAGCUCCGUCCCUGCGAGGCUGCGUCUGGCUGCGUUACAUUGUAACUUUUCAAAUAAAUGCAACAAGGCGAUCGGCGCAGCGGACGUGUCAUAUAGCGCCUUGCAGCGUUUCUCUAUACAGUCAUUUUGAUCGGGAGGAGAAAUGCUCUUCCGAAAGUUACCCGGCGUGUCGGCUUCGGGGAUGGGUCUCCGCUUGUCCCAGAAAUUCGUUUUUUUACUCUUUCUGUCGGGCUUAGUGACUCUGUGUUUCGGAGCGCUGUUCUUCCUGCCCGACUCGAUUCGCUUGAAGCGGAUCUUUCUGUCCAAGACCGACAGCCCCGCCGUGACAGCGGUGUCCGAGAACGGGCACAACGAGCACCAUAAAAAGGGGGUCCGGGAGCGCGAGCAGCCGCGGGGCAUGACCCCCGCUAGGGGGGACGCCGUCACCAGGCUGAGAGCCGUCAGCCGCAGACCGUCCGUCACUUACGAGGCCAGAACCGCUGGGGGUAAAGCGCAGGAGGAGCGGAGCCAGGGGAGGACGGAGCACGGCAGAGCCCGGGAUGCGGCGGGAGCCGCGAAAGAGAGCGCCUCCUCCGGCCGCGGACAGCACGGGGGUGCCUUCGAUUACGGGAAGUUUAAAAAAUGCCUGCUGAAGCCACCUUUGGGGACCGAUCAGGGCGAUGCUCAGACUCGGGAGCGACGAGAUAAAGUCAAGGAGAUGAUGAAGUUUGCUUGGGACAACUACCGUCGUUACGCCUGGGGCAAGAACGAGCUUCAGCCCCUGACCAGGAAUGGGCACACGGGGAGCAUGUUCGGUGGGCUAAGGGGAGCCAGCAUCGUGGACUCACUGGACACGCUCUACAUCAUGGGCCUGAAUGAGGAGUACGAGGAGGCCAAGGAGUGGGUGGAGACGGUCCUGGACAUGAGCACGAAUGGAGAAGCAUCCCUCUUCGAGGUGAACAUCCGCUAUGUCGGCGGCCUGCUCUCGGCGUACUACCUGACAGGCGAGGAGGUCUUCAAGAGGAAGGUAUUGGAGCUGGGCGACAAGCUCUUGCCCGCCUUCAACACGCCCACUGGCAUCCCACGUGGGGUCAUCAACCUGGGCAGCGGCACCAGUUGGAGUUGGGGUUGGGCCUCUGCAGGCAGCAGCAUCCUGGCUGAGUUCGGAACCCUGCACCUGGAGUUCGUCCACCUGUCCGAGCUCACGGGCAAUCCUGUCUUCACCGAGAAGGUGAUGAACAUCCGGAAGCUUCUGAACAAAAUCGAGAAGCCACACGGACUGUACCCAAACUUCCUGAGUCCGGCCACCGGCAACUGGGUUCAGCAUCACGUGUCUGUCGGCGGGCUGGGGGACAGCUUCUACGAGUAUCUCAUCAAGUCCUACCUGAUGUCCGACAAGCAGGAUGAGGAGGCCAAGAAGAUGUAUUACAGUGCGCUGGAGGCCAUAGAAUCCAACCUGGUGCAGAAGUCCCCCGGGGGCCUGACCUACCUGGCGGAGUGGAGGGGUGGCAUCCUGGACCACAAGAUGGGCCACCUGGCCUGUUUCUCCGGCGGCAUGGUGGCGAUCGGCGCCGACGACGGGCAGCCCGAGAAGAGGCAGCACUACCUGGACCUGGCUGCCGAAAUUACCCACACCUGCCAUGAGUCCUACAAGCGCUCAGCCACCAAGCUGGGCCCGGAGGCCUUCCGCUUCGACGGGGGCACGGAAGCUACGGCGACCCGGCUGAGCGACAGGUACUACAUCCUGCGGCCCGAGGUCGUCGAGAGCUACAUGUACAUGUGGAGGAUGACACACGACCCCAAGUACCGCCAGUGGGGCUGGGAGGCCGUGGAGGCCCUGGAGCAACACUGCCGCGUCGAGUCCGGCUUCUCGGGAAUCAGGGACGUGUACGCCACGACGCCGAGUCACGACAACAUGCAGCAGAGCUUCUUCCUGGCGGAGACGCUGAAGUACCUCUAUUUGCUCUUCUCCGAUGAUGACCUGCUGUCCCUGGAUGACUGGGUGUUCAACACAGAGGCCCACCCCCUGCCCAUCAUCCGGCAGAACUGCUCUCCAGAGCGGGGAGGAGCGCCGGGCAUCGAAGCUACGGGACCUUAAUAGCACAGCCCACCAGCUUGCCCCCUCCCACGCCCCCCCAGCUUGGUCCCGGCCGUCCCCUCCGACCAGCCGGCGGCUGAAUGAGCCGAAGCCACGAGGCCGUGUUCCCAGUUCUGGUCCCUCUCCUGCGAAGGACCUCGUCGCUAUGCUGUGAUCUUUUUCCUGAGCCCGGAUGUUUUGUCCUGCAGGGGGCGCCGGUAUUAUUUUCGGUGGACAAUCAGAGACUUUGACAAGGAAAUGGAAAAAAACUAGAAAAAUACUAAAAAUAGAUAGCACCUUUUUCAUUCCUUCCUUCCUUCCUUCCUCCAUGAGGAAAACAAUAUUUGGGCGGCUGGCAGCUCCCAGUCUGGGGGCUCUCGCAGAAAUGGCGGCAGUAUUGUCAGAUGGCGAUAAAUCACUGAGGCUUUUACGUGCCCCCCUCCUUCUCCAGCCCCCCCCGAGCCCCCCCGGGCCCCCCUGGGCCCCGUGCAGUGGUUUGGUGGAUUCCUUCAUGCUCUUUCUCCUUUCCGUAGCGCUUGUUAUCUGACCAAAGGUUUACUCAUCGUUAUUAACAUUUUAUCUUUUCUUACUCAAAAAUCACCCUCUUUUGUUGUUGCCGUUGCCUUCGGUGAAUGUUGGCUUUUAUCUGAUGGGAUUUACAAAAUGUGAAAAACACACACUUUGAAACUUUGAAUGAAUUAGCUAUACAUAUAACAUUAAAUACAUAUGUACACACACGCACGCACACGCACACACACACACACACACACAGAAGGCUACGCUGAGCAGCAGAUUGCUUCCAGGUUCAAAAUUUCUAAGGCAGCAGUACAUAAGA